GAAAAAAUGUAUUCAAUUUUUAAUAAAUAAUAAAAGAAAAGGAAAGGACAAGGCAAAAAAUAAUGCGGCAGCCCAUUGGAGCCGUUUUAUUUCACGAGGAUCGCCAAACAAGUGGCAUCUCCACCGUCGAUUAAACAGCCAAUCAAGCGGCCUAAAACCUCUCAGUCUGUAAGCCGAGUGUCUCCCAUUUUCUCACCAAAUCCCAUGUAAAUCGCACCUCUUUUUCCUACAGAAAAAAUCUCACAAUUUUUUUCCGUUUAUUUCUCGAGGAAAAAGUUACUGCGGAAUUCAAUUUAGUUUUCCUCUUUUUUUGUUUUUUCUCUCUCGUUUUUUGAAUUAAUGGAUACCGGAACGAAAGUGAAGAAGGGAGCUGGAGGAAGGAAAGGUGGCGGUCCAAAGAAGAAACCUGUCUCUCGCUCUGUGAAAGCUGGGCUACAGUUUCCGGUCGGUCGGAUCGGUCGUUACUUGAAGAAAGGCCGUUACUCUCAGCGCGUGGGGACCGGUGCUCCUGUUUACCUCGCUGCUGUUCUUGAGUACCUUGCGGCUGAGGUUCUGGAGUUGGCUGGUAAUGCUGCAAGAGACAACAAGAAGAAUAGGAUCAUUCCGAGGCAUGUUCUUUUGGCUGUGAGGAAUGACGAAGAACUUGGGAAGCUUUUGGCUGGUGUGACUAUUGCCCACGGUGGUGUUCUACCCAACAUUAACCCAGUUCUUCUGCCCAAGAAAAAUGAGAAGGCACCCAAGGAGCCAAAGUCACCAUCCAAGGCUACCAAGUCUCCAAAGAAGUCACCUAAGAAGGCCUAGUCUAGUCUUUGCUUCUUUCAUUUCUCGUGUAUGUAGCUUGCUUUAUGUACUCUGGUUGCAGAAAAAAGUUGAUGUUGAUAGGACUUCCUAGUUGUCUGUAUUGUGUGGAACAACCUUUGUUUGGAAUGAAUGAAACGAAUUUCGGUUAUCCGAUUAUGUUUGUCUUCUUCCGCUCUGAUUAGAUAGAUGGUUGAAUCGGCUACUGUCUAUGAUGAAAAGCCCUGUAAUUUUACCAUUUCUUGCUUGCUGAUGGUUGAAGGCUAUUUUUGCAAAACAGAAAACAACACUAAUGGGCAAAUAGUUAAAUUCUACAUCUAUCACUGUCGUACAAAAAGGUCUAAAGGAAAAGAAACAACAUAAAAGGGAGUUGAGUUCUGAGUUUUCCCUCAACCUUACCACACUUGUACUGUUCAAUAAUUCUACAAAAUUUAGUACCAUUAGUUGUGUUAUCCUAAGUUAUAUUAGCGCUCACAUUUUGUAGGAGAAGUUAGAGGAAGGAGACGAGUAUAAAAGGAAAAACUGACUGAAUUUGACAUGAGCUUCAAAAUCCAGGGAAAGAAAUCAAGAAACUGAUGCGUUCAAUUGAAUUUAGUGUUGCAUUUCGUUUUCCUUCCAUUUCCACAUUGAAUUUGGCAUGUUUGAAACGGUGCAAAAUGUAAAUUCGCCAAUCUUCUUCCUCUUAUUUUCUUUUAUUACCAAAGAAAGACUCUCUACUAGUCCUAGAGGCAGGGAGGGAUGGGAAGAAGAGUAAGUCUUUGGAGUUUUUAGGUAAGUGAAUUACAGGCUUACAGCUUCCAUGUUGAAACGCCGGAGUGGAUUUCUAUGGAGGCAUUCGAUUGGUAGAAAGAAAACGUAAAGAUGCACACGUUCGAAGUUCAAACCCAGGAAUGUUUCAAAUUUGCUUCCCCUUCCAAGUUUUUUCAUUUGGUUGGAAAAAAAAACAUUUUUUGUUCCUAUGGCUUGAAACCUUGAUUGUUUGUUCUACAAUCUCUCUUUAUCAUCCCUUCGGAAUUGGAAACUGUCACAACCCGUGAGUUCACCGAAACAUGAAAAUCACAAGUCGGAAUAAACACAAAGUCCAUCAUCCAUCCCAUUUAACACCACACCCAAAUCUGAUGAUGUAAUGGGACUCAACCGCCACCGACCCGACUCAUCAUCCAUCUCAAUCAAACUCUUCCAUUUCCCUUUUUUUUUUUCUCCCAAAUCCAACACCCUCAUCAAAAAAUACAUAAACAUAUAAAAUCAUAAUUAAUAAAUCCGAAAACAUUGUAUCAAAAAAAUUUUCCAACAGAUUUCCAUUUCCAAUUUUCUAUCCAUUACAACUACAACAUUAAAGCAUCAUUUAAAAAAAAAAAA